CAUCCAUACUUAUGCCUGACGUGCAAUUUAUAGAAAACAACACAGCACUCUGGACUUGGAGAGAAGUAUACUGCAUCUAGCACUUAAGGGCAACAUGGCAGGACUAUCUGUAAUGAUGUUCUUAAUUAGUUUUGCAGAAGCCAAUGCUGUGCUUGAUACUAUAACACCCGCUUUUGGGCUCCCAGUGGACUCACUCGCUGUGAGCUCACUCACAACAACACCGACACAGACACCGGCAUCGACAUCCACACCGCAGCCCUGGGAGAGGUACCGUCUGCCGGACACUCUGUCUCCCAUCCACUACAACAUCACCCUGUGGCCUCGUCUGGAGAAGGAUGAACACGGCAUGUACAUCUUCACAGGCCACUCUAGUGUGGAGUUUAAGUGUGUGAAGGAGACAGACCUGAUCCUCAUUCACUCCAACCAGCUCAACCUCACCAAGUUCAACGGGCAUCACGCAACACUGACUAGACUGGAUGCUGCAGCUGCACCAGCUAUUAAGACAACAUGGCUCCAGGAGACGACACAGUACCUGGUCAUUCAGCUCAACGGCAAACUAGUCCCAGGGAAGUCCUACCAACUCUACACCAGAUUCCAGGGAGAGCUGGCUGAUGACAUGACUGGGUUUUACAGAAGCCACUACACUGAGGGUGCAGAGACAAAGGUGGUUGCAGCAUCUCACCUGCAGCCCACUGAUGCCAGAGAGGUGUUUCCCUGCUUUGAUGAACCGGUACAGAAAGCAGUUUUCCACGUCACCAUCUUACACGACCAUGGGACAGUAGCUCUGUCUAACAGCAUGGAGACAGGUGUGCUUAAUAUCACUGUUGAUGGCCAUGAUGUCUCCCAAACCACCUUCAAACCAUCAAAGCCAAUGUCGACCUACCUGGUGGCUUUUGUUGUUUGUGACUAUUCACACAUUAAGACUCACAAACUUCCUGAUGUUUUGAUUCGCCUGUGGGCUAAGAGGGAGUUUCUGGCUGGUCGCUAUGGAGAUCAUGUCCUCAAUAUCACAGUCCGCCUCCUCACCCAGCUGGAGGCCAUCUUUAAUAUUACCUUUCCUCUGACCAAAUAUGACCAGGUGGCAUUGCCAGUCUACAGUGCUUUCCCCAUGGAGAACUGGGGCCUGGUCACCUACAGUGAGCUGGUUGUCUGGUAUGACCCAAAGCUGUCUCCCCACAAAGACAGAGAAUGGGUGACCGUCAUUGUGGCACAUGAGCUGAUUCAUACGUGGUUUGGAAACCUGGUGACGUUAAAAUGGUGGAAUGACCUGUGGCUGAAUGAGGGAUUUGCUUCAUACUUUUCCUAUGUGGUGGCAAGUCGUGUGGAACCUGACAUGGACCUGAUGGACAUGAUGAUGCUCAUUUUCCCCAAAGAGAUCAUGGUGGAGGAUGCCCAAGUCGACUCAGGCCCUCUGUCAUGCCCAGAGGAGGAGGUAAACACUCCAGAGGAAAUCAGAGGAGUGUUUACUCAAGUCACAUACAGCAAGGGGACCCUGGUGCUGCACAUGCUGUCUAGCUUCCUGACUGAAACAGUGUUCAUCCAAGGCCUGACAACCUACCUUAAGCAGUUUUCUUAUAGGAAUGUAGCACCUGCCAACCUUUGGGACCAUCUGCAAACUGCUGUGGCUGGCUCUCCUGAUCUGAGUCUCCCAGCUCCUGUGGCUGAGAUCAUGAACCGCUGGAUCGUCCAGAUGGGUUUCCCUUUGGUUACCAUAGAUACCACUACAGGAACCAUCAGCCAGAAACACUUCCUACUGAACCCUGAAGCUGUGGUUCAAAGGCCAUCCAUUUAUAACUAUGAGUGGAUUAUCCCUGUGAGAUGGAUGAAGGAUGGCAUAGAGCAGCAUAUGGUCUGGCUUCUCACUAAAAAAGAUGAGCAUGAAGCCCUGAAAACCGCUGGCACUGAGUGGGUGUUGGCCAACGUGAACAUGUCUGGGUAUUACCGAGUGAACUACGACCUGGAAAACUGGCAUCGCCUCAUCACCCAGUUAGAUGCCGACCAUGAGGUUAUUCCGGUGGUAAACAGAGCUCGGAUUAUUGAUGAUGCAUUUAAUCUGGCAAGAGCAAAGGUGAUCAACACAACCUUGGCUCUGCGAACCACAGAGUACCUGUGGAGGGAGAGAGAGCUCUUACCCUGGGAUGCAGCCCUGGACAACCUGGAGCACAUCUUCCUUACGUUUGAGCACAGCAAGGUGUAUGCCCCAAUGCAGUAUGGAUCUGUCUUUCAGGUGUAUCUUAAAAAACAAGUCCAGCCACUCUUCAAAUACUUUGAAAAUAUUACUUCAAAUUGGACAGACAUACCAUCAAGACACACAGACAAAUAUACCCAGAGUAAUGUGAUUUCCCUCGCAUGUAAGGUUGGUCUGGAGGAGUGCCGACAGCUAGUUACGGCCUGGUACAGAGAGUGGAUGAACAACCCCGAUGCUAACCCGAUCCCUCCCCACCUCAAGCAGAAGGUCUACUGCGCUGCCUUGGCCGAGGGGGGGGUGAGCGAGUGGGACUUCGGCUGGGAGAUGUACCACCAUAGAGUCAGCGCCACGGAGCGCAACCACUCCGACAUGCUGCGUGCCCUCGCCUGUGCCCACAUGCCCAGUCUUCUACAGAGGUACCUCCGAUACAUGAUGGAUCCUGAUAAAAACUUGAUGCUGGACAUAGUUGAGACCACAGAAUAUAUUGCCGAUAAUGUGCUGGGUGAAUCUGUUUCUUGGAACUUCGUUGUGACAAAAUGGGAUGACAUAAUGUACAGUUAUGGCCCUGAGUCCAAUGAACUCGCGGACCUGAUUCUCAAAGUAACAAAGAGGUUCUCCUCUAAAGAGAAGGUUGAUGAGUUGCAGAGGUUCAGAGAGGUCCUGUUGAGGGCCCGGUUAGACUCUGCAGUGAGGGCGGUAGAGAAGGCGAUCCAGAAGACUGAGGAGAACAUCAUAUGGGUGGAGGAGAAUCAAGAGCAGGUCCUGGAGUGGUGUUCAAGAGCGGGAAAUAUCAGAGGAGAAUCCAUGGGGAAAGUCUUCCAAUUCAGCACGACUGUGGUGGUGGUUGUGAUUGUGCUGGGAGCCGCAUCCGUGGCCACCAUCAUCGCCCUGUCUGUGGUCUACUCCCAAGAGAAGUUAAAAAAUGCAGUGCAGCCAACAGUGCAGCCAACAGAGGAGGCCUCCACCACCAAGCCCGCUACUACCACACCCACACCCUCAAACGAGCCCUGGGACAAAUACCGGCUGCCUGACACUCUCAAGCCAUCCAAAUACAAUGUGACUCUGUGGCCUCGUCUGGAGAAGGAUGAUCACGGCAUGUACAUCUUCACAGGCCACUCUACUGUGGACUUUGAGUGCGUCAAGGAGACAGACCUGAUCCUCAUUCACUCCAACAAGCUCAACCUCACCACGUUCAAUGGACGUCACGCAACACUGACUGGACUGGAUCGUGCAGCUGCACCAACUAUUAAGACAACAUGGCUCCAGGAGACGACACACUACCUGGUCAUCCAGCUCAAUGGCAAACUAGUCCAAGGACAGUCCUACCAACUCUACACAAGCUUUACUGGUGAACUUGCUGAUGACCUGGGAGGAUUUUAUAGGAGUGAAUACUAUGAGGGAUCAGAGUUGAAAGUUGUUGCCACAACCCAGAUGCAACCCACAGAUGCUAGGAAGGCUUUCCCCUGCUUUGACGAGCCAGCCCUGAAGGCUAUCUUUCACAUGACUCUCAUCCACGAUCGCAAGACUGUAGCCCUUGCAAAUGGCAUGGAGACUGGGACUGUCAACACCACAAUGGAAGGGAUGCAGGUGUCCAUAACCACAUUUGAACCAACGCUAACAAUGUCCACCUACCUGCUGGCUAUGGUUAUUUGUGAAUUCGACUUCAUCAGGACACCAGAAGCAGAACAAGUCCUGAUCCGUAUCUGGGCACGCCCGCGGGCCAUCGCUGAAGGUCAGGGGGACUACGCCCUGAAUAAGACAGGGCCCAUUCUGGAGUUCUUUGAGGGGUACUACAAUGCCACAUACCCCCUGGAUAAAUCAGAUCAGAUAGCUCUUCCUGAUUUCAGUGCUGGGGCAAUGGAGAACUGGGGACUGAUAACCUACAGAGAGACAGCCCUUCUUUAUGACCCUAAGAUGUCCUCCAAUGGUGACAAAGAGUGGGUGGCCACGGUCAUAGCCCAUGAACUGGCUCAUAUGUGGUUUGGGAACCUGGUGACGAUGAAAUGGUGGAAUGACCUGUGGCUCAAUGAGGGAUUUGCCACCUACGUCUCCUAUCUGGGGGCUGAUAAGGCUGAACCUGAGUGGAAAGUUAAAGACCUGUUUGUCCUGAGCACUGUCCAUGGAGUGAUGGGUGUGGACGCCCUGGCCUCCUCUCAUCCUCUCUCCUACCCUGAAGCAGAGAUUAACACUCCAGCCCAGAUCAGUGAACUCUUCGAUUCCAUCACCUACAGUAAGGGUGGUUCUGUGCUGAGGAUGCUUUCAGAGUUCCUGACAGAGCCGGUCUUUUCGAAGGGCCUGAGUACCUACUUAAAUGAGUUUGCUUAUCAAAACACAGUGUACACAGACCUUUGGAAACAUCUGCAAGCUGCGGUGGACAAGAAUCCCACACCACUACAACUCCCAGAGACCAUUGAAGUGAUCAUGAACCGCUGGAUCCUCCAGAUGGGCUUCCCCGUCGUCACCAUAGAUACUACGACAGGAACCAUCAGCCAAAAGCACUUCCUGACUGACCCUGACUCAGUGGUGGACAGGCCUUCCAUUUACAAGUAUGAGUGGAUUGUCCCCAUAACAUGGUCCAAGAACAGACUUCCACAGGAACCUAAAUGGCUUGUCACCAAGUCAACUCUGCAUACACCAAUGAAGACUACAGAGUGGGUUCUUGCAAACCUCAACGUUGUUGGAUUCUACAGGGUCAAUUAUGACCUGGCCAACUGGGAGCGCCUUCUUACUCAGCUUAGCAAAGACCAUACGGUAAUUCCAGUCAUCAACAGGGCCCAGAUUGUGGAUGAUGCAUUCAAUCUCGCCAGAGCAAAGAUUAUAGACACCGUCCUGGCUCUAAGAACCACGCAGUACCUGUCAAAAGAGAUAGACUACAUGCCAUGGCAGUCCACUGUGCGCAGUCUGGAUUAUUACUUCCUCAUGUUUGAUCGCACCGAGUUGUACGGGACCAUGCAGAAAUACCUAAAGAAACAAGUGGAGCCCCUUUUUACACACUUUGCGACCAUCACUGGAAACUGGGCAACGGUCCCCUCAGGACACAAUGACCAGUACAAUCAAGUGCUUGCAAUCUCCCUAGCCUGUAAAGUAGGAGUGGCCGGCUGCGCUGACCUGACCCUCGGCUGGUUCAAGGAGUGGAUGACCAACCCACAAACGUACACCAUCCAUCCCAACCUGAAGCAGACGAUGUACUGUAAUGGCAUCGCUGCUGGUGGUGUGGAUGAGUGGGACUUUGCCUGGCAGAUGUUUAAGAACACGUCCAACGCCGCAGAGGCUGAAAAACUGCUCUAUGCCCUCUCCUGCACUAAAGUGCCGUGGCUGCUCAACAGGUAUCUCCAGUACUCUCUGGACCCCAACAUGGUGCGCAAACAGGAUGCUACCUUCUCCAUUGUGUACAUCGCUGGCAACGUGAUUGGCCAACCGCUGGCGUGGGACUUCAUCAGAGCCAACUGGGCGUUCAUUUACAACGAUUAUGGAGGUGGUGGGCUGUCCUUCGGAAGACUGAUCACUGGAGUCACAGAGAGAUUCUCCACAGACUUUGAGCUCAAACAGCUGCUGAGCUUCAAAGCGGAACAUGCUGAGACAGGCUUUGGCUCGGCGACCAUAGCCCUGGACCAGGCCAUUGAGAAGACAGCAGCCAACAUCAAAUGGGUUGCAGAGAACAAAGAGAAGGUGUCCCAGUGGUUGUCUACAGCAGUGAGACAACAGUGAACCAGAAGAAAAACAUGUACAGAUCAGCAGAGUUAUAGGUUGAGAUUUCCAAUUGCUAAUUGGUCUCAUGCUAGUGUAAGGGCUCGAUGAAACAGCCAAACAUUGUUAUGCAUUAUUUAAUUAUGAUUUACAUUCAACCUGUGUAACAUAGUGUGGCACCAGCACUUUUAAGAUCUGUAAGAUAUUUGUAUUUGUUAAAGUUUACAUUCAGUGAAGGCAGGUGAAAAUGAAGCCGUAAACGCCUGAUGGCUGCCUUCAUAGGUUUUACACACUUGAUACUAAAGCUGAGAUUAAGAAAUGGUUUAUUUUCUAUUGGUAGCUAUAUUUUUAAUCAAUAAAACACUGUAUAGAUUUAAAACUGA